AUGCGGCAAGGACAUCCUUUGUCUUUCGAUCCCAAGAAGGAACUCUGCGGCCGUGUCUUCUUGCGAACUCAUGUCCUGAUUUUCGAAGGGCGACACUAUGGUAGGAAAGAAGCCAAAGGCUCCCGCACAGCCCUCGAAGGAUACGUUGAAGAGGUUAGGCUCGCGAACCAAGUGCUAGCCAUCGAGAACGCCUUCAAAGAUCAAUACGACUACAUUGUAGACCUACAAAACGAUCACGUAGCCUUGACUGUGGACAACGACGACUAUGUCAAAGCCCUUGUGGAACGCGACAACACCAUUGAUACCUUGACGGAGCAAGUGAAAACACUCACGCGAGACCGUGAAACCGCGAUUGCGACUCUAGAAGAGCAGCUCAAGGCCGCUGGAAAGAACUACGAAGAUUUAGAGGAAAAGAGCAACCAAUGUUAUAAAGAACUGCAAGACAGCAAGACAGUACUCGCAUCUGUGGAUAUUGACCAGGCUAUGGUCGAUAAAUUCUUUUCUGAGCGCAGUACUGCAGCAGAAGCACUUGCGGUGGCAGAAGCAGCAGCAAAACAACUCACUGAAGAGAAUGAAGAAUACAAAACCGUUGAUGCGGAGCUCAGAGUUUUACUCCAAGCCGCAGAGGCAGAGAUUUCGGAGGACAGUAAGCUGUUGAGGAUCAUGGAGCUCAUACGGAUCAAACAGAUGCAUGUGCGAGGCAUAAAGAGGCUCAUGGAAUCUUCCAACCCACCAGAACGGACAAGCAAGGGCGAGCAUGGCGAUGACCUUGAAUCGCUCAGAGGUCUCGAAGCCAUCCAGCUUCCGAGACAACGCGAUGACGAGAUUGCCAGACUAAAGCGUCAAGCCCAAGAAAACGAGGCUACAAUCGUGGCGAUGAGAAAUGACAAGAACUUUAUCGCCUGUGCCUACAGAGGUGAAGCUUGGAAGCAGGCCGGAGGCUUGGAGAGAACAGAGAUGCUCAAAGACUGCUGCGCGACGACUGCAGAGCAUCCGAUCGAAUCUACGAGUGAGAAAGCAGACAUGCAUGGUAUAUAG